AUGCGACUAAUUCACACCACAACGCUGGAAUUCAGGGAGUUCUUCGAUGCAGAGAUUCCGCCGUACUCGAUCUUGUCUCACCGCUGGACGGGGCAAGAACUGUCAUACAAAGACGCAUGUUUCUCUACUUGGCCAGAAUCUGAGGGCUCAGUGAAAGUGAAGAAGUGCUGUGAGCUUAGCAAGGAUAUGGGAUAUGACUGGACGUGGAUCGACACUUGUUGUAUUGACAAGAUGAACGGCAGCGAAUUGACCGAAGCUAUCAACUCGAUGUUCAACUGGUAUCGAAGAGCCUCGUGCUGUUUGGCGUUCUUGCAGGAUGUCGCUCCUACCGCGGAUCAUGAAGAACAGAGCAGCUUCAGGACAGAUCCGUUCAAUCUAGAGGCCUUUGGGGCCAGUGUUUGGUUCACGAGAGGCUGGACACUGCAAGAGCUGAUUGCGCCCCCUGACGUGUUAUUCUACGACAAUUGCUUCAACCUUUUGGGAUCCAGGCCGCAGCUUGCAAAGUUAGUAUCUGCUGCUAGUGGUGUGGACUCACGAUUUUUGCGCUUAACACAAGGCGACAAAGAUCAAGAUCGUAUCGACCAGCUUAGGGCGACGCCAGUCGCUCGCCGCAUGUACUGGGCCUCCAGACGGGAGACCUCGCGAGCAGAAGACACCGCAUACUGCCUGCUUGGGCUGUUCGACAUCAACAUGCCACUGCUCUAUGGGGAAGGCGCAGUCAAAGCAUUUAUCAGGCUACAGCGUGAGAUCUUUCUACGGUCCCACGAUGGUAGUAUCUAUGUAUGGAGCAGGAGCUUGCUAAAAAGCAUGAACUUUCAUCCUUGGCAAGGCCUCCUUGCCCCCUCUCCAGCGCUGUUCGCCGACUCGGGCAAUUUGCAUCUUGUCCAACAACGAUCAGAAUCGACCCGCAGUGUUGGUAACAUGGGCCUGGAGCUGGAAUAUCCAUUUCCAAAGCGUCACACAGUCACGGAUGGCAAGGUCCGUGUUGGUUUGUUCACGCUCAAGGUCUAUCGACAGACCACAGAUGCAUCGACCGUGCCACCAACUCAACGACAGAUGCUCGCCCUAAAACUGCGCCUGAUACGAAGACCAUCAGGAAUAUGGGAACUUGCCGGAGACGAGGCUAUUCAAAUCGUCGUUGCGAAGCCCUGGGCACCACGAGAUUCCCUCGGCGUCCGUCAAUUCGAACCGGACGAUCUUCUCGACUGGGGCUGCGACUUCGGAUUCGAUGUUCACGGUGGGAUGAUCGGCCUCCAGCGCACCUGGUGUUUCAAGGCUUGGUCUGCGUUGACCUCGUCCGAACGCGCAUUUCAACGAGCUCUUCGGCAUGUCCGAUAUGAGCGCUUGUGUUUUGUGCAGGACGGGUUGUGA